AUGCCAGCUUCAAUACCCCCUCCGCCACCCCCGCCACCCCCGCCAGUUCCGCCACCACCACCACCGGUGCCACCAAGGCCUAUCCCAUGGCCACCACAACCGAUUUGCCCGCACCCAAUAAUCAUCCCAGGUCCUCCCAGGCCCUACCCGGUGCCUGUACCUGUGCCGGGGAAACGGGUGUUGGUACCAGUACCGUACCCUGUGCCCUCACCGCCCGAGAAGAUCUACAUCCGCGGCCCAAGCAUACCAGUACCGUACCCACAAAAAGUGCCGUACCCAGUACCGAUCAACAGGCCGUACCCAGUGCCGUCACCGCCUAAACUAAUCCCGUACCCAGUCACCAGACCUGUGCCUGUACCUGGCCCAGAGAGACCGAUCCCGAUACCCUAUCCGAUCCGCGGCCCGCCGAUCCCUAUCGCUGUACCGUACAACAGAUACAUCACAAUCCCUGGAAGAGACAGAAUCAUCCCAGUACCAGUGCCGGUCAGCACUACCAAGUACUACCCAGUGCCAGUCAUCAUCUACAUUAGUCCGCUUUGCCGAGGACAAAGACCUUUGACUACCUUCACGAUCCCUGGAGACAGGUGCCGCAUACACGUGUGCAGGGUCAAAUACAACUACGUCUACAUUGAGUCUCAACCCAUCCCUGGAUGUCUUGGUCCAAUGCCAGGACCAAUUCCUGGUCCAAUUCCCGGUCCGAUUCCGGGUCCAAUAAUCUUUGGUGGCAGUGCAAACGCUCAUGCCUCUGCCAACGCAAACGCUAACGGUGGAUUCGGUGGCGCUGAUGCCAGUGCCAAUGCUAUCGCCAAUGCUAACGCUUUGGGAGGCCUCAAUGGAGGCUCAGCACUUGCCGAGGCCUUGGCUAAUGCCCACGCCUCUGGUGCCCGAGGUGGCGCAUCUGCACUGGCUCAAGCCCUCGCUGCCGCUCAGGCGUCAGGCAUCGGCGGUGGAUCCAUCGCUGAAGCCUUAGCUCUAGCCCAAGCUCAAGGUUUAGGAGGAACCGCCAUCGCUUCCGCGUUGGCUCAGGCCCAAGCCCUAGGACUCGGAGGACUCUCAAUUGCACAGGCUAUCGCCCAAGCACAAGCUUUGGCUGGAGGACUCAGAGGCGGAAUUGGAGACGCAUCGGCCCUAGCUCAAGCCCUCGCUGCCGCUCAGGCGUCAGGCAUCGGCGGUGGAUCCGUCGCUGAAGCCUUAGCUCAAGCCCAAGCUCAAGGUUUAGGAGGAACUGCCAUCGCUUCCGCGUUGGCUCAGGCCCAAGCCCUAGGACUCGGAGGACUCUCAAUUGCACAGGCUAUCGCCCAAGCACAAGCUUUGGCUGGAGGACUCAGAGGCGGAAUUGGAGACGCAUCGGCCCUAGCUCAAGCCCUCGCUGCCGCUCAGGCGUCAGGCAUCGGCGGUGGAUCCGUCGCUGAAGCCUUAGCUCAAGCCCAAGCUCAAGGUUUAGGAGGAACUGCCAUCGCUUCCGCGUUGGCUCAGGCCCAAGCCCUAGGACUCGGAGGACUCUCAAUUGCACAGGCUAUCGCCCAAGCACAAGCUUUGGCUGGAGGACUCAGAGGCGGAAUUGGAGACGCAUCGGCCCUAGCUCAAGCCCUCGCUGCCGCUCAGGCGUCAGGCAUCGGCGGUGGAUCCGUCGCUGAAGCCUUAGCUCAAGCCCAAGCUCAAGGUUUAGGAGGAACUGCCAUCGCUUCCGCGUUGGCUCAGGCCCAAGCCCUAGGACUCGGAGGACUCUCAAUUGCACAGGCUAUCGCCCAAGCACAAGCUUUGGCUGGAGGACUCAGAGGCGGAAUUGGAGACGCAUCGGCCCUAGCUCAAGCCCUCGCUGCCGCUCAGGCGUCAGGCAUCGGCGGUGGAUCCGUCGCUGAAGCCUUAGCUCAAGCCCAAGCUCAAGGUUUAGGAGGAACUGCCAUCGCUUCCGCUUUGGCUCAGGCUCAAGCUCUAGGACUCGGAGGACUCUCAAUUGCACAGGCUAUCGCCCAAGCACAAGCUUUGGCUGGCGGUGGACCAUCUCUCAGAGAUGGUAUUGGAGGCGCAUCAGCCCUAGCUCAAGCCCUCGCUGCCGCUCAGGCAUCAGGCUUAGGCGGUUUAACAGUUGCUGAGGCUUUAGCUCAUGCUACCUCUCAAGGACUAGGAGGAACAGCUAUCGCUUCUGCUUUGGCGCAAGCCCAAGCUCUGGGACUUGGAGGACUCUCAAUUGCACAGGCUAUCGCCCAAGCGGAAGCUAUGGCUGGCGGUGGACCAUCUCUUAGAGAUGGAAUUGGAGGCGCAUCGGCUCUAGCUCAAGCCCUCGCCGCUGUUCAGGCAUCAGGUUUAGCCGGUGCUACAGUUGCUGAGGCUUUAGCUCAUGCUCAAGCUAGAGGACUAGGAGGAACCGCAAUCGCAUCCGCUUUGGCGCAGGCCCAAGCUCUAGGACUCGGAGGACUUUCAGUCGCAGACGCUAUCGCCCAAGCGCAAGCUUUGGGUAGCGCUGGAGGACUUGGAAGCGCUGCUGCCCUCGCACAAGCACAAGCGCAAGCUCAAGCUGCUGGAUUAGGAGGUUUGGGUGCCGCUGAUGCUCUUGCUCAGGCUCAAGCUCAAGCUCAAGCUCAGGGAGGCGCUCUUGGUGGCGGCCUUGCGCAGGCCCUAGCUCAAGCUCAAGCGCAAGCUCAAGCUCAGGGAGGCGGUAUAGGCGGCGGACUAGCUGAUGCAUUAGCUCAAGCUCAGGCGCAAGCUCAAGCUCAAGGAGGCGCUGGUGGUGCUGGUCUCGCUCAAGCUCUGGCUCAGGCUCAGGCGCAAGCUCAAGCUCAAGGAGGGGCUGGUGGUGCUGGUCUCGCUCAAGCUCUAGCUCAAGCUCAGGCACAAGCUCAAGCUCAAGGUGCUGCUGGUGCUGGUCUCGCCCAGGCGUUAGCUCAAGCACAGGCGCAAGCUCAAGCUCAGGGAGGAGCUGCCGGAAAUGCCCUUGCAGAGGCUCUAGCUCAAGCACAAGCUCAAGCUCAAGGAGGCGCUGGUGGUGCUGGUCUCGCCCAGGCUCUAGCUCAAGCUCAGGCCCAAGCUCAAGCUCAAGGAGGUGUUGGAGGUGCUCUUGCUGAGGCUUUAGCUCAAGCUCAGGCACAAGCUCAAGGACUGGGUGGACUAGGAGGUAGCUCUGCUAAUGCUGAGGCUUUGGCCAACGCUGCAGGUUGGGGUGGACUAGGUGGAAGCUCUGCUAACGCUCAAGCCGACGCUCUAGCUAAUGCUGGAGGAUGGGGAGGCCUGGGAGGCGGCUCAGCCAACGCUCAAGCUGAUGCCCUAGCUAACGCUGGUGGAUGGGGAGGUCUUGGAGGCGGCUCAGCCAACGCUCAAGCUGAUGCCCUAGCUAACGCUAGAGGAUGGGGAGGUUUAGGAGGCGGCUCAGCCAACGCUCAAGCUGAUGCCCUAGCUAACGCUGGUGGAUGGGGAGGCCUAGGAGGCGGCUCAGCCAACGCUCAAGCUGAUGCCCUAGCUAACGCUGGUGGAUGGGGAGGUCUUGGAGGCGGUUCAGCCAACGCUCAAGCUGAUGCCCUAGCUAACGCUGGUGGAUGGGGAGGUUUAGGAGGCGGCUCAGCCAACGCUCAAGCUGAUGCCCUAGCUAACGCUGGUGGAUGGGGUGGUUUAGGCGGUAGCUCCGCUAAUGCUCAAGCUGACGCCACAGCCAAUGCUGGAGGUUGGGGUGGACUUGGUGGAGGCUCUGCCAACGCCGCUGCUGAUGCCAUAGCCAAUGCAGGAGGUUGGGGAGGACACGGCGGCAGCUCAGCUAAUGCUCAUGCUGAUGCCCUAGCAAACGCUGGAUUAGGAGGCAGUUCUGCUUCCGCUUUAGCAGACGCUCAGGCGAAUGCUGGUGGUUGGGGCGGUCUUGGAGGCUCUUCUGCCAACGCUGCUGCUGAUGCCUUGGCCAACGCUGGCGGUUUAGGCGGCGCUUCCGCUAGUGCCAACGCGCUCGCCAAUGCCAACGCCAACGGGUUUGGCUUUAGAAGCGCUGAGUCCGCAGAGGCCUCCGAGGAGGCUAGGGCAAGGCGUAGCGUGAGCCCAAGGAUGGCUUUCGUCGAAGACCAUGCCGAGUAAAUACAUAGUACCAUGAAUUACAUCACAAUGAUCUCCCUCAAUGACAACGCCGGAACAUCGGAUCUGAUCAGUUUAGUUUUAGUUUGAGCAAUUAUAAAAUGACAGUCGAGUAAGCUUCACACUUUUGUAUAAAACAAUAAAUUUUA